AAAGUGCAAUCCUGCUCCACCAACAAUAUGAAGAUCCAGUCUAUGAUUUCCUCCGGCCAACCUCAUCCUCCACCAUCUCCUCCAUUUCCUUCUCCGAUCUCAACAUCACCGAGGAGCACAACAUUGGGUUGCCGUUGCCGUAAAUGUAGAAAAUCGCGCCAGUUUUGUGUUCAUUAAGGACUUCAGGAUCGACAACAAUGACUCUACAAUUUAGGAGAUCAGGAUCGCUUUCGAGAAUCUUGAAGACGACCUUGAUUUUAUUCAUGCGAGCUUUGUUUUAAUCUUUUUUUUUUUUCUACUUUGAGUUUGCUAGCGGCUGGUCUUUGCCCUUUUUGCUUUUUAGAGAAAAGAUAUUCAUAUGAUUCCAUUUCUCUACUUUUUAUUGUCUGCAGUCAUAGCAACUGUAAUAUUUUUACAUAAACUUACAAUCCAUAGGCAUUCAUCAUAUGGCACUCUCAAUUACAUGUUUUGCCUCUUUUUUUCUUGCAAUUUCAAUAGGCUCCCUAAGCAGGUUUAAAGUUUUGCUACAAUUUCUGCAAAUGUUGUUCAUAAAUUUUUUUCAUGAUUAUAUUCAUAUACUUUUUCCCUUUUUAUCCUAGAGGUGGCUGACUAACAAAUACUUGAUUGGUAAUAAUGCAGUAACCUAUUUGCAAAUAGUAAAAAUUCCUGUAUAAUUCAGAGGCUUAUCUUUUUUCCAUGUUGUUAUUGAAAACAGCCUUAAGCACAAGGAUCUUUUCCUCUUGCACUAUCCUCAUCCACUUUUUGUCCGGUAUUGUCAGCCAAGCUUACAUUCUUCUUCCCAGACCAUGUUGUUUAAAUUAUACAAAAAGAGAGAGGUUCGCACAUCAUUGGAUAUGUGCAGAAGGAAGAAUCAUCAUCGACAUAUGGCUUGUUGCAUUGCGCAUCCUAGCUGUUCGAGCAGUGACUGUGAAACUUGCUUUAUAUCUUCACAUACAGAUCCGUGUACUUAGAGGACUAGCUGGCAUUUUAAAACCCCUAACUUUUGCAACAGCAUUGAUAAAGUUCUUCAAUUGUUAUAGUAUUGCUUAAAGUAAAUGAUUCUCUUUAUUUUGAUGUGUACUAUACUCUCUUUUUGUCUGUUUUCUGCAAUAAUUCAACUUCUUGUAAACCAAAGUAAGAGUGUCUGUCCUAUGUUCCAAAUGGAUUUUUGAAGGAUAUACAGACAACAUAUUUGGAAUUAGAUCCUAUACAGAACAGCUGUAAAGCACAAUUCGUGUUUGGAUUGAAGUAAAUGAGGGGAAAAGAAAGGAGAGAAUUCCUUUGUUUAAUUGGAGGAAAACUGGUUUCUUUCCUUUGUUUCUCUCAACCCAAACAUGUAGUAACUUCUUAAUAUCCUUUUAUUCUCUAAUUUACCUUUGACAGGUUUUCUAGAGUUGUAUUUCACUUCUUGAAAUAGCAUAUGGUGUUGCAAUUUUAGUUGGAACAGUGUCUUCCUACACCUGGAGCUAGAUCAUCACUGUAUGUCUUUUUUUUUUUUUUUUGAAAGGCACAUCACUGACUCCAUUGAAUAGAUCCUUUGAGUAGGCAUGCAGUGAUUAUGUGUAGUGACAAUCUAAUAUUUACAGUACUUAGCUUAAAAAGUUGUGUUUGUUUCGUACUGUAGCAGCUAUAAAGUGAUCGUGUAUAG